AUGGCGAACUUCCGAUUAUCAAGAAAUUCAUCUAGCACCUUCCGCCUUUCCUUUUUUUCAUUACAGUCUCGUUUCGCCAUUAUUUUGCUUCUUAGUAUUACUUUACUUGUUGAUGCUCUUAGUAUUUCUGUGCAUAUUGAUACGGGUAGGAUUCAUAAGAAUCAUAAGAUUCAUAAGAAUAAAAUGCCAAAUACAAAAAGUAAUUUCUCUUCUAGUAACCUAUGUGAUCCUAAUGUGAAGCAGUAUUCCGGUUAUAUACAACCUUCUGAUGGCGUAAACAUGUUCUUUUGGUUCUUUGAAUCGCGAAAUAAUCCAAGCAAUUCGCCUCUCACUUUAUAUCUUAAUGGUGGCCCGGGGUGUUCUUCAAUGAUUGGACUAUUUCAAGAGGUGGGACCUUGUAGAUCUAAACCAAACGGAACUGACACUUACUUAAAUCCUUAUAGUUGGAACAAUGUUUCAAAUAUAUUAUUUGUUGAUCAGCCAACUGGUGCAGGAUUUUCGUAUGGCGGGGAUUAUGUGACAUCAACGACGCAAGCAGCGUCCUAUCUUUAUGAAUUUUUGGAAAGUUGGUUUUCUAAUUUCCCACAAUAUGCGAGCUUGGAUUUUCAUUUAUUUGGUGAAUCUUACGCAGGUCAUUACAUUCCUGCCUUAGCAAAAUUGAUAAUUAAUAAUAAGGCGAUUCAUCUCAAGUCCAUUGGGAUUGGUGAUGGAUUGAUUGAUCCUGUAAAUCAAUA